AGCCGUUACUGCAAACAGGCGAAAGAAGCCAAUGUCUCGGUACUCGUACGCGCUGAGAUGGAGCAAGCUGCACGACGGUUGCAGGGCGCAUUGUCCAUCGAUGGCGGCCAACAGGAUGAGAGACAGAAAGAAACGAACCCCCAUGGGAUGAGGUGGAUGGGUUGCCAUCCCCCAGGGCCCAGCCGUUUGCGCCGCCAAAAGUGCCCGCCCAGAACUUUGAUGAUCCUUUCUGUACCACCAACCCUUGCGAUCCAUGACUAAACGCCAAUAUCCCACAUCACGAAGUGACGAAUUUAUGUUCUUGAAGCUUUCCACGCUGCCCAUAAGCUUGGAGGAGGACAGGAGACAUAUGGCAAUUGGCACGGCGGGAUGGGAAAUUGGACCGGUCACGGCACUGCUGAGGUAUGCCGAGUCGGACAAGCGCGCCACAAGGCAUGGCGAAUCUCACCAGUCGACUGCCACCUUAUCACUGUACGACAAGUCGAACUAUCGCGUCCGAGACAAGAAUUUCCAAGGCUCUUGGCAGCGAGCGUUUUCUCUCUCUCUCUGCCUGCGGCCCUGCAGUGUUCAGCAGCACCAGACACUAGGUAUUAUCAAGUUCGUGCUGUGGCGCUGGGUACUGUGCUGCUGUGCUACCUACUUACUGCACGAUAACCUCAACUCCCAAGACACCACAAGGCCAAUAGCGCCGGCUCAGCGAGCUGCCCAGGAGGCUAGGUGGCUAGGCCAGCGCAUGCCACUCCUUCACCGUUCCCUCUCGGCGCCUGCGGACCUGGAGUCUGAGGGUUCUGCUUGGUGGGAGGGCGGCAGGCCGCAGCCUUCUUGGCGGGUUUGGCUGUAA